GUGGUCGAGAACGUCCAGGGCAUCAGCGGCGGAGUCACCUCCACGGGCACCCUUCGUCUGACCGACUACCACCUCGUCUACUGCGUCCCGGUCAAAGCCCCAAAGGACCAACCGCUCCCUCAACCGCCGAACCAAGCACCCAAGACUCGCGAAUCAUGGAUUACGUUUCCCAUCCUGUCAAACGUGCAACUGCGGCUCAUGCCCCCGACCACUGGCAUUCAUAGCUCAAUCCGCAUCCGCUGUCGCGACUUCGUCUUCGUCACCUUCACAUUCCAAGACGACAAAGCUGCCAAGGAAGUGUUCGAGUUCAUCAAGGCCCGAACGUGCAAGCUUCCCUCCGUCGAGUCGCUCUUCGCGUUCCAUCACAAGCCCUCCAAGGUCGAGAAGCAUGUCAAUGGCUGGCACAUAUACGAUCCGAGAGCCGAGUUCCGUCGACAGGGUAUCAGCGAGAAGUCGGCGGACUUGGGAUGGAGAAUCAGCAACAUCAACAAGGACUAUACCUUUUGCGACACCUACCCUGCCGUUCUUGUGGUUCCCUCUUCCAUCUCCGAUAAUGUCCUCAAGUACGCCAAGGAUUACCGCUCUAGAAACCGCAUCCCGGCUCUAAGCUACAUUCACAAGGUCAACAACUGUACUAUUACUCGCAGCGCCCAGCCCCUGUCGGGCAUCACCAGGAAAAACAAUGUCCAGGACGAGAAGCUUGUGUUGGCGUCAUUCGCGGAGCGUGUUCCCCGGACCAGCGUCGACUCCGAGCAGCCUCCCCAGUUGCCGGCUUCGGAGACCACCAGUCUUUCAGAGCUCGAGAAGUACGAGGAGAGCAUCAUCGAGGAUGCUGCGCCCAAGGUUUACGACGAGAAGACUGGCAAGAGGCUUGUUUAUGGAGCUCAGCAAGCCAACAUGAUUGUCGACGCCCGGCCUACUGUCAAUGCUAUGGUUAACCAAGUCCAAGGAAUGGGAUCUGAGCCCAUGGACCGCUACCCUGGUGCCACAAAGGCCUUCAUGAACAUUGAGAACAUUCACGUAAUGAGAAACUCUCUGAACAAGGUUGUGGACUGCAUCAAAGACGCAGACGUCUCGCCUUUGCCGCCUGACCAAAACGCCCUCUUUGCAACUGGCUGGCUCAAGCACACCGCAGCAGUGCUCAACGGUGCUGAGAUUAUUGCUCGACAGAUCUGGUACAAGCACUCUCAUGUGUUGAUCCAUUGCUCUGACGGUUGGGACCGCACAAGUCAGCUCAGUGCCCUUGCUCAGAUCCUCCUGGACCCAUACUUCCGUACCAUUGAGGGAUUCAUGGUUCUGGUGGAGAAGGAUUGGUUGUCUUUUGGCCACAUGUUCAGACUGCGGUCUGGGCCCUUGAACCAUGAAAGCUGGUUCAAUGUUCAGAGAGAUGGCAUGGCUGGUCAAACCGUCAAUCCUGGCGAAAAUGACGGCCGCGCAGAUGCAUUCCAGAAUGUCAUUGCCGGAGCGCGCCGGUUCUUCAACCAGAACAAGGAUGACCCCACGGAGCAGCUUGACGCCAUUGGCGAGGCGGCGACUGGCAAGGUUGCCAACGACGAGGCCACCGUCCCUAAGAUGAUCAGCCCCGUCUUUCACCAAUUCUUGGACUGCGUCUACCAGCUUCUGCGGCAGAACCCAACCAAGUUUGAGUUUAAUGAGCGAUUUCUUCGCCGGCUGCUCUACCACCUCUACUCUUGCCAGUAUGGAACCUUUCUCUAUAACUCCGAGAAGCAGAGACGCGAUGCCCGUGCUGCUGAGCGCACACAGUCUGUCUGGGACUACUUUCUGGCUCGCAAGCAGGAGUUCAUCAACAAGGAUUACGAUCCCACCAUUGACGAAUACGUUAAGGGUCGUGAUUCGAUCAUUAAGACAGACCUUAAGGAUAUUAUCUGGUGGCACCAGCUUUUCAACCGGUCUGACGAGGAGAUGAACUCGAACCUGCACGCCACAGCUGCGCAGGCUCAGAACAAGGCCUCGGCCAUGGCCAACUUCCAGCCGGCGACUGAAGAGUCCUACGCGAGCAGCCAUCCCGGCACACCUCCUGACAACACUCCCGGCUCCAAGCCUCCCUCUCUGGCGGCUAGCCAGUCUGUUCUCGCUGCUGUGGAAUCAUCACACGCCACUCUGACACCCGAGGAGCAACGCCAGGGACGACGAUUGGAGCAGGGACAGGAGCGACACCUUCAACGGAGUGCCUCGGCUGAGAAUCCGAAUGCCUUCUCGUCUAUUCGAGACGGCAUUGCGGACGGAAUCGCAAACCUCAACAUUGGCCGCAACGUCACCGGCAUGCUCAAUAACCUGGGUACCAACAAUCGCAAUGGCAGUCCAGCCUCAACCUCGAGGGGUGUCAAUUUCGCGCAAUUGCCCGACCCGCCCUACCUGAUCGAAGAGACCGAAUCUACUAUGCUCUUCGAUGCAGACCUCUACCAUAGGGAGAACUGGGAUCCUGAUUAUCCGAGCGACAGUGAGUCAAUGCCGGAAUCGAACAGAGACCCAGAGGUGGGAGUUAAGUUAGCAGAGAUGACAGAAGUGCUGACGGAGACUGUUUCAAAGUUGAACGCAGCGAACUUGGCGAAAUUACCGCAGAAAAUGUCGGCAGCCACGAAAUCUGCCAAUGCGGCGACAGUCUCUGAGUCGGAUUUGGAGUCUGCCUUAGAUUGGGGUAGCCAAGGCAUGCUGGACUGGGGCGUCAUGAGCUUUCACGGAUACAUGAUCGGUGAGGAGUCCGACAAUGAGUGGCCGCCUGCUGGUUACACGAUGAACGGCACUUUCGGCGAGACAAGCGGCGACGAGAGCAGUGGCGACGAGACCAGCAGUAGUGGCGACACCACCAAUGGCAGCCAAAUGAGCAGCGACAGCAUGUCCACGGUCGACAGCGACGACAUGAGUCUUUGUGAGGACACCAUCGUCCCCAUAACCGACAGCGACCUCAUUCCUGACGGUCUUGACGACAGCUUCGAUGAGAUGGCCGACGACAGCGUCUUCGUCAUGGUGGACGACAAUGAAGAUGCCCCCUCAGCUGAUAACGGCAGUAUCUUGCACUGGAUUCAAAUGGGUUCCCAGUGA